AUGUCGGACUCCGUUCCGUUUGACGUUGCCCGAGAACACUUUGAGCUCGCCGCUGACGACGACCACUCCCCAUGUCACGGCGACACCCACGACCACACCCACGCUUACACUCACCCCCACCCAGAUGCGCAUGACCAUCUACAACACCACGCCCAGGACGGAAAGGACGCCUCACCCUUGCGAAAGCGCCCCCACCAACAUCCUCAUGACGCCCAUGACCACGACCAUGACCACGACCAUGACCACGGCCACGACCACGACCACGACCACGGCCAGAACUACGACCACGACCACGGCCAUGGGGACGACCACAGCCACGACCACAGCCACACGCACGGCGGCUGCGGCCACGAUCACUCGCACGACGGCUGGCGAAGGUAUCUACCACACUCACAUGGUCUAGAAUCUCGCUUCCAAUCCGACGCCCGCUCGCUCUCCAUCGCGCUCUUUAUCUUAGUCGCUGCGUGCACGGCGCAAUUAGUCGGUGGUAUAAUUGCAAAAUCGUCCGUGCUGCGCGUAGAGGCGUUACACUCGGCCUUAGAUGGCGUGACGGUCGUGAUCUCGCUUAUCUCCGUGGUGGUCGCGGCGCGGCCGCCCACAUCCAGAUACAGCUACGGGUUUGCGCGCGCGGAGGUGCUGAGCGCGUUGAUUUCGGUGCUGGCGCUUAUUUUGCUGUGCAUCAAGCUGUUCAUCGAGGCGUUACAGCGGCUAGUACAUAUCCAGUACGGCACCAAGGCAGUGAUCCAUGUCGAGGGUAAGAUCGUGUUUUUGUCGGAGGCGAUCACCCUGUCCUGCAACAUCUUCAUGGCGGCCGUGCUGACGCGGGGCAUCUCGAGCUUGAACAUCCGGGCGUUGCGCGCGCACGUGAUUGCAGACUCGGUGGAGAAUAUGGUGGUGCUGUUCGCGGGCUUUCUCAUGUGGGCCAGGCCGAGCCUGAGCCUGCUGGAUCCGAUUCUGACGCUGGUGAUCGUGGUGCUAAUUGUGGUGCUGAAUUUUGGGAUUGCGAAGGAGAGUGUGAACGUGUUGUUGCAAGGGGCGCCGAUGAACAUCCAGAUGGAGACGGACGUCGUGAAGCGCGUGGCUAAGGUGGAAGGCGUGUGCGAGGUGGGCGCGACACACGUGUGGACGGUGACGAGCGGGUUGUACGUCGGGAGCGUGGUGGUGUUCGUGGAGGAGGGCGGGGUGGCGUUCGAGGAGGUGGAGAGGAUUCAGAGCGAUGUGACGAAGGUGUUUCGGGGCGUGGGCGUGGAGGAAGUCGUCGUCGAGGUGAGAAGAAGGGGGCACAUGGUGGAGGACAGCGUGGAGGACAUGAGCAGCGAAGAGGUGGAGUAUGGAGAGGUGGCGACGACAGAGGACUUGCUCGAUGUGUAG